GCAUCUAUAUCAGUGACAGCUAGACUAGUGUGCCCUACCCAUCCAAAAAAUAAAAUAUGCGCUUCUCGUUUGUAUUCUUAGUCGCCUCUUUGGGGCAUCGACUCGCUGUGGUGGUGGGCACCACCGUCUGCCUGGAUUACUUGGCCUGCUACAACGAGCUGUUCAUGAACUACUCGCAAUUCGAGAUUUACUUCGAGGACCUCGCCGUCAGGACAGCCAACGCGUGCGGGGACUUCUGCCAGGGGCGCCAGCCAGAGGCGCCCUUAGUGAUGGCCAAAAUGAUCCCCAUGAACGAACGGCUCGUCUGUGGUUGCGGUGGCGAGGGAGCUCUGGGUAACUACUCAGGCGUCGUGGAGGACGACCUUUUUUGCAAGAAGUGUCCUGACGGGAGUCGGCAGAAGUGCGGCGGCGCUGAAACAGUCAGUAUCUACAGAAGAAUCUCCGACGACGAAGACUGCGACAAGGAUACGUACGGCGUGCCUUCGUUGAUGGUUCCGACGACCACGGUCAAACCGACCGGAAGUCCUACAGUAGUCAGUAUGAUACACAUCGGAUGUUACGACGAAAGCAACAUCAAUCAAUCUCCGGUGGCACUGUAUCACAUGAUGUGGCCGCAGACCUCCAUUGACGAAUGUUCUACCAUUUGCAGAAGCACGGCGUUCCACACUUCGCAUCUCAUCUUGAAACUUCUGAGUGAAAGUGAAUUGCUCUGUGGUUGCGGGUCACACGGCAGCAUAGGGGAGCCCUUGGCCAAGGCAGACUGCAGCCGGGGAGGUCCUGCGAGCCAGCAGUGUCAGUUCGGGUGUCCUGCAGGGACCUACAGCGUUUACUCCCUAAAUGGUUCUGAAAGUGCCAAGCCUGUGUUUCUUGUUAUUCUGUCCUUUGUUAUACAAUAUUGCUGUUACUGGGAUAUAAAAUGAUUCGGGCAAUAAUAGGGAGUUUUGCUCAAUAUACAGUUGAUAAAAAUGGGACCUUUUGUUGAGUAUGAGUGAUUUCAGCGAUAAUUUUUUAUAUAUAAUUGAUAGCUGUUAUUGGAAUAUCGGGGAAUAAUAGGUUCAGUGAUAAAUUUGUGUGUGUUUUUUAUAUACAUAAUUGAUAGCUAUUAUUGGAACAAACAAUGACUAUGAGAUGUUCCAGAGUUGUUUUGUUCUUAGAGACAAAUGCAAUAUAAAGCAAAUGGUAAUGGAAAUUCUUGUUGUGUAGGUGUGAUAUAUAAUUUAUUUUUUCAGUGUUUUAAUGUGACACAGUCUGGCAUACUUGGCUGAACUUUGAAGUACGUAAUGUUUAUAUGAAAUAAUCAAACACUUUCAAAAUUACGUCAUAAAUAACUUGUCAAUUCUUUACUUCUGGAAUUAAGUCACGAUAUUCUAGGUAAUAAUUUAUAUUAACUUUUUGCGAUAGUAUUUUCCUGACUAAUGAAAGCCAUCCAUGUUCUUAGUUCUUUUCAGUUCACGAAUAAAGUUGAUUUGAUUUUA